AUGGCCCCGGCCGGCGGGGCGGGAGGGCCGGGCGGCCUCGGCGUGGCAGCAGGGCCCGAGCGGCCGCUCUGCUCGGGGCUGCUUCGUGCUGUGGGGGGACAUAAAAAUCUAGAGAAUGCUGAAGAAGCAGCAGAACAGUUCAAGUUAAUCCAAGCAGCAUAUGAUGUUCUCAGUGACCCACAGGAAAGAGCUUGGUAUGAUAAUCAUAGAGAAGCUCUGCUGAAAGGAGGGGUUGAUGGUGACUAUCAGGAUGAUAGUUUAGAUCUGCUGCACUACUUCACUGUUAGCUGCUAUUCUGGAUUUGGAGAUGAUGAAAAGGGAUUCUUUACAGUCUAUCGACAAGUUUUUGAAAAGAUUGCAAAAGAAGAGAUGGAAUACAUGACCCAGGAAGAUGCUGAAGAAUUCCCUAUGUUUGGAUAUUCCCAAAGUGACUAUGAUAAGGUAGUCCACCCUUUCUAUGCAUAUUGGCAGAGUUUCUGUACUCGGAAGAACUUUGCUUGGAAAGAGGAGUAUGACACACGGCAAGCAUCAAACCGCUGGGAGAAACGGGCUAUGGAAAAAGAAAACAAGAAAACAAGGGAGAAGGCGAGGAAGGAGCGGAAUGAACUCGUCCGUCAGCUAGUUGCCUUUAUUCGUAAAAGGGAUAAAAGAGUGCAGGCUCACAGAAAACUUGUAGAAGAGCAAAAUGCAGAAAAAGCUAGGAAAGCAGAGGAAUUUCGGAGGCAGCAGAAGCUCAAACAAGCCAAGCUUGCAGAACAAUAUAAAGAGCAGAGCUGGAUGACUAUGUCAGAUCUGGAGAGAGAAUUGCAGGAGAUGGAGGCACAAUAUGAAAAGGAAUUUGGAGAUGGAUCAGAGGAUGAUGAUGACUUAGAAGAACAGGAGAUAAAAGAAGGAAUAGAAGACAAGAUGAGUGAAGAGGCUGAGGAAGCAGAAUGUGUUGAUGAUCUCUACUGCCCUGCUUGUGACAAACUGUUAAAAACUGAGAAAGCCAUGAAGAAUCAUGAAAAAUCAAAGAAGCAUCGAGAGAUGGUAGCUCUGUUACGGCAGCAACUAGAAGAAGAGGAGGAAGAAUUUUCUGCAUCUUUGGAUGAUGCCAAUGGAGUAAAGACCAAAGAGGAGGAAGAAACAGAAGAGACACCCAAACAGAAACUCUCCAAGAAGCAGAAGAAGAAACAGAAAACAAUGACGACUUAUGAGGACUCUCUAGAUAAAARUGCUGCUGAAGAACCAGUUGAACAGAAGGAGGCUCCCAGUGCAGACAAGGACAGUGGUUCAGUAGAGCAGCUCGUAACUGAUGACCAAAAAUGUUCUGUGUCAGAGGAAACGAGUGCUAUAGAAGACAUCAGCCAAGCAAAUGAGGCAAAAAAUGAAGUGAAAAGCAGUACUAAGCCUAAAGGGAAAAAACCCAAGGAUGCAAAAAAAUCUGCUAAGGCAUCAUCAGAGCACCCAGCAACGAGUGAAGUUCCCAUCCACUGUGUAACCUGCAACUCGGCGUUUCCAUCUCGGAAUAAACUGUUCGAGCACCUGAAGGCUACAGGCCACGCAAAAGCCAUGCAAGCCCCAGCUGUAAACGGAGCCGUACACACCAGAAACAAAAAAGAGAAACGUAAAAACAGAUAGAACUUUGUUACAGUGACAGUCUUCAGGAUCAUCUAUGAAAACUCUCAGACCUGGAAGGUGCAGAUUUCCUGUGUUUUUGAGUUGAACAGGGAAGGCAGCUUCUUAGUUUUGGGGAGGGAGGAAAGGAAGAUGCAGCCAAAUAAUGUUAUCCUGUGCAGCAAUCCCUGCUCUCUCUUGUUUGCACCAGC